GGGCUCACGGCCAAGACGCACUUCCCGGCCUGGGUUCUACACAUUCCCCAUGUCUACCGCCAUGGAUCUGUCCCGGCUAACCCGCCCCGCGAUCCUCUGCCAGUGUUCGCGAUGCUCAAGUUCGCUGGCGGCGCUGGAGAACGAGUGGGCCAAGCUCUCGAAUUCUUACUUCAUAGCAGCUGGGUGGCUGAGCGUCGAGCUGCAUCGCAUUUCCAUCUCCUCGGAUAAGAAGCAAAUACCGCAAUCUUCUGAACUGAGCGUUCUGCAGGGCCGGAUUCUCCAGGAGAUCUCCUGUAAACUCUGUCAGCAGAAGUUGGGAGUUCUCUGCUCGCUGGACAAUGGCCCUAAUAUCUUCUGGAAGCUAUCGAAGGUCUCGUUCCGGGAAAUUGUCACCAUGCGCACAGUCGAGCCCACAUUCAAGGAUGGAUCGCUCGAACGCCUCCUAUGUCCGACCCCCUCCAGACAAGACCGAACCCCAGUCCGCCCGGGAGCCCUGAUACCCACCGGGUCGACGGAGAUAGACCCCUACAGCAUAUCCGUGGAGCAACAGAUCCAGCAUCAGGGGCUGAGCCUCGACCAUAUCUCUUGUUCCGUCAGCAACCUUCACGAUACCAUGUCCGAAUUGAAACACGCAUUCACCGCUCUUCGUAUCGAAUUGAACGGUCCGGGUCGGUUCGGGCCUGAGAUGGGCACUCCCGCCAGCAAGGACAUGAUGAUUGCUACGGUGUUGAAAGAACUCCGAUCCAAGUCCGACGAAAUCGAGAGACUGAAGUUGGAAAACGAAACACUCAAGCUAAAGAACCGCUACGCGGAGGAACAAUCUGUCAAGCAGCAACAGCAGCCACCGCCACCCUUGUUGGGAGACACAGGGAUGAUUCCGGAAGUUCGCAGUCCAGGUCUGCUGCAGGGAAGCAGGAAACGGCCUUGGCCAGAUUCAUUCCCGAGUGGUCGCACGCAACCUAUACUGGACUCAUUCGACGGCGACUCGGACAGCAUCGCAGACUUCUCCUUGGAAGAUGACAGCAUACCUCCAGUGAAGAUCCCUCUCAAGGAUUCCCAGUCGGGUUCUACAACAGACAAAACACAGGAGCCCACACCUUCAGAUUCUUCCCGAUCUCGCAUUGAAAUCAACCCGUCACCACAGCAGACCCCCAACAAUGGGAACGAAAUGGACGAAAACCACGAUAGCGCGACGAGCACGCACCGGGAGGCCAUCGUGAAACGUCCCCGCCUAUCCCAGACAGCCGACAAACCCACGACGACUGGAAGAAAGGUCGGACGACCGCCGCGCAAAUCAUUCAGCCAGCCCUCAAAACCCGACAUCAACAACAUCCAGAGCCCCAAACCAACACCCCUAUCCGAGCAAAACGGCAACGCCAACAAGGACUCCCAGCCUGCUGAACCAAGCCCCAGCGACCUCCGCACCCCGAAGGAAACCCGGCCCGCGCGCUCGCGAAGCCUGCGCAGCCGAUCUCGACCUCCAUCACGGCGCCAAUCCGCAGCGACUGCAGAAACCCACCUACCGGAGCCGGAGCAGAUCCAAAACGACAGCCCAAACGGAGGUGCUCCAGACCAGAGUGAACCACACCUACAACAACCAUCACCCCCACCCCUCCACGUGGGCAAAGAAAACUCACACAUCCCCGCAAACGGCAUCCACAAGCCCGAAACACGAGAAAAGCGCAAAGCACAAUCCGCAGCGCGAGAUAUCAUGGUACGAUUAGCGAUGCAACGCGAGGAAGCAAUGGAAACCGAGGAUUCGCGCUGAAGGCGGAAAGGAAAGUUAUACCUGGAAGUAAGCAAGCAAGCUAGACUGCCCGCCUUCACACUUCUUCUACCAAUGUAUUAUCUAUCUUGAUUGAUGUGACGUGACGUGACCGUCCUCUUCCUCUUCUAUGAUGUGUCUGUACAAAAAGCGCCCCUUUUAUCCGUCACGCAAAAGUGGGACUUUUCUACUACUUUUCUUCCCUUCGCUUUUUUCUUUAUUUCUUUCACCUCACCGGGCUCUAAAAGUGCUGGUCUAGUUUUGUUUUGCCAGAUGAUAUCCCCCAGUUGGUCUGGUUCUAUCCAACCCAAGCAAUCCAAUCCAAU